AACACAGUUUAGUGUAGACUCCCUGAGGUUUCGGUUGUUUUUAAACUGUGCGUGUGUAUAAGAUUUUUUAAACUCCGUCGGUAUAACACUCAUACAGAUAUAAAAAAAAAAAUUUAAAACCAAAAAUAUAUAAAUAAAAAUUGAUUUUAUAUAAAUUUCAUACAAGAAAAUUGCAUUGAAUAUUUUGUCAGCCAUAAAAUUCAACAAAAUAUGUUUGUAGCUAAAAGUCAUUUAGGCCAAAAGUAUUAAAUUUGUAUCCUGUAUAUUAAAAAUUUUGUGCUAGCAGAAAAAAUUUUUUUGUUUGCAAAAUAAUUUACAUAUAGAGCUAUAAAUCAUAACAAAUAAAUGUUGUAACCCAUAUGAAAAGGUUUUUGCAUAAAUUUCUUUAAAUUUUAAAUGAAAAUAAUAAAUAUAUUAAAUUAAAUUAAAAAUUUUGUGUACGAAAAUAAUAUGCUUAAAACAUUUAAUUAAAUAAUAUUAAAAGAAUAAGAAAAUAAUUAUACUAAUCCUUAGGGAAAAUACCUCAAAUUUAAUUUGUUUAAAACAAAUUUCCUUUUUGCAAUAAAAUAUCAAGUAAAAUGAAGUGGUUUGCGAAAACAACAAGAAGCUUUAAAUUAAGCUUUAAAAUGUUUUUAACAAAUCAACAAAUUUUAACCCUUCUUCUAAUGGUCAUUGCCUUAUGUGCAACAUUCACAUCAAGUAGUCCCACACAACAGCAACAACAACAACAACAGCAGCAUCAACAGCAAAAGCAGCAAGCCACAACGAUACGUGUCCAGCAAUGCCGCGAGGGAUGCUUAGAAAAGUUCACCACAAAAGAUGCUUUGUGUCAGCAAAAUUCAGAAUGUUUAACAUGUUGGGAGGAAUGCAGUAAGGCGCCACCGGGUAAAAUAAGUAAAACCAUACGUGAAACGUGGACUUUACACACUGUCUCAAUGGUCCAACAAGAUUCUUUAGUGUUGGUCGAUGUUGCUUGGGAACAAUUAAGCGUACCUUACCAGUGUCUGGUCACCUGGGAGGUAUCGGGUGGCGGUUUAAUGGGCAAUUUAUUGACAGAAUCAUUUAAUGUUCAAUUGUCAUUGUGGCCCGAUACAAAAUAUCGUGUUCAGGUUACUUGUAAAAAUAAGCUCACUGGUUUCAUGUCACGUUCAUUGCCCCUAACCAUCGAUACAUCGGAGGCUGUUAAAGCUAUAGACACAACAAUACCACAACUAAGACCUACCAUACGUAAACAAGCCAUAGCUUCGUACAUCACCAAUAUACCCCUCUCAACAACAACAGCAAUCUCAACACCACAACCAAGACCAACUUUACCCACACUUACGUAUUCAGCAGCAAGACAAGCGCCAGCACAGCAAUUCCCAAUAGAUAAUAGAGCUGCUGCUGCUGUUGCUAAUGAUGAUGAUGACAUUGAUACAAAUGUAGUUCCUUAUGAUGAUCAACAAUCGGCUGAGACUAUAAAUCAACAUACAAACUUUAUCUUCAAUUGGCAUAUGAAGAAUAGUGAUAUAAGUGCCAUUGAACCGUUGCACAAGACGGAACAUGAUAUACUAGCUGUGCUGGCCAAUAUCCAUAAACCGCUAUUGUUCGGCAUGACAGCCGGCAUUACAUUGUUAAUGUUGUUGCUCAUGUUCUUUGCAUGUCCUUUGAGAAAGCCCAGAUUAUCGAGUGAUAAGGCCAUGUUAAUGGCUGAAGAUUUAAAUGCUCACGGUCUGACAUUACCACCGGCCUUGACGGCGUCAAGAUCGAUAGGAGUGACAACAAGAAACGAAAGAAUCGAACAUGAAUGUAAAUCACCUGCUAUGUGCUCAAGAGAUACAUUGAGAGUGUAAGUUAACUACGUUUAAAUAAGUAUUCAAAACGUUGAAAAAAAGGGGGUGGAAGGACUUUAAAGUCCAUUGUAAGGGAAAUUAUAAGAGGAUAAAGUGCAAAAGUCAUUUGAAAUAGAAAAUAAAAACAAACACCAGCAUAACAAACUAACUAAAACUAAACAGAACAACUACAAUAUUACUAAAAAAAACAUUAAAAUAAACAAAAUGAAAGAAAUUAUUUUUUAAAUUUAAUAAAAUUACAAUUAAAACUUACAUACAUACAAAAACAAAACACACUAAAUACAUUAAUUAAAUCAAGCAAAUCCAUAAAUAGUAAUACAUACAUACAAACAACAACAACAAUAAGCUAAAUAAGUUUUAAGAGUAAACGAGUAAAAAAGCAUAAAAAACAUAAAUAUAUAUACAAAUAAAUACUUAUAAAUAUACAAACAUACAUACAUAAAUAUAACAAAUAAUAAAUAAAUAUUUGCCUAAGGAAUUUCAUUAAUUAUUCAUCUACAUCAAACAUCCCUUUCAUUUAAUUAUAUUUUUUGUUUUCUACUAAUUUUCUGUUUAUUUUUGUAAUUUUCCCAUUAUUGUGUAACAUUAAUUAUAGUAAUUCCAUUUAUUAAUGAUAAAAAGUAAUUAAAUUUUAAUUAAAUUAUAUGAUGUGUGUAAGAGAAUUUCUUAGAAUGAGUGCAAGGUAGCGCAAGUAAAGUAAAAUAGACUUCUUUUCAUUCGAAAAAAGUCACUAAUAUGUAUGAGUGAGAUGACAACUUUUAGUUGCUUAUUUAUAGUUAUAAGAUUUAUUUACUAUUCUUUUCAUUUUCAGUCUUUGUUUCGUUUUCGUAUAAAUUGUUUUAUUUCAUUAAUUAAUGAAUUAUUAUAAUUGUGUGAUGUGAGUAAGCUUAAUUUAUUUUAAUAGUCCUAAUAUAAAUAAUAUAAAGAAAACUAUGUAAAUUUAUUUAAUUUUCUUUUUAUAAAAAAAAAAUAUAUAUAAUUAGCAACUAAAAUAUUUUAUAUAUUUUUUAAAUUUG